CAAACUAAUGAUUUGAGGGCCUGGACAAGGGAUAGGGAAAGAGGCUGGGGCUCCUGGCUGGUUAGAAAGGUUGGGGCCUCAACACCACUGCCACCCCCACACUGACAGCUGGGGCUCCACCCAGCACUCUGUCAUUGAGCCUCAGGCGUUUGCUUGUGCCUUCACUCAGCUGGGAGUUCCCUCCCUGACAAACUCCUAUUCAUCUGAAAAGCCCCAACAGCAAAAACCCCUCCUUCCUCCAAGGAGCCCUCCCACACCACUCACCCUUCCCAGUGCCUUCAGAGCUGUGGAUCCACACCAUUGUUUCAUCUUCAACAUGAUCUUGUGAAACAUACCCAAUUUUGCGGAACAGGCAACCAAUCCUGAUAUUUUCCUGAAAAUCGUGGCGACCAUUAAGACCCAGGACUAUGAUCUUAGACUGUUGGGCCCCUGUGCCCCUUCUGCCAUCACCUGUAUCACUGGGCGCUGAAGAAUAGUUGAAGCCCCGUUUUCCUGACGGACAAAUGAAAGGUGAUAGGGCGAGUCUGGCUAGGUCCCUCGGGAGAGUGGAGAGAAAGGGACUUCCUACUACCGGAACUGCAUUGAAGGCGUCUAGGGAUCCUGGCGCCCCGCCACCUCAUGGUGAUGCAGCAAGAGGCGAGUGGAGCGGCCCCUUUAAGAAAACCGGCUCGGUGCAGCCCCGCUGUGACCCCACCCUGUCACUCGGCGUGCGGAGCUCCGGCUGGCCCGGUUUGGCCGUGCGUCCAGGAAUCCUGCUCGACGGGCUAGAGGAACGAGGUUCAGAGAGGGUCAGAGAGUUGCCCGCAGCCACACAGCAUGUCCUCAGCUUGACCCCUCCAUCCUAUCUCCUAUCCAUUCCUACCAUGGCCUUCUGGACGCAGUUGAUGGUGCUGCUUUGGAAGAAUUUUCUGUAUCGUAGGAGACAGCCGAUCCAGUUCCUGGUGGAAUUGUUUUGGCCUCUCUUUCUGUUCUUCAUCCUGGUGGCUGUCCGCCAUUCCCACCCCCCACUGGAGCAGCAUGAAUGCCACUUCCCCAAUAAGCCGCUGCCCUCAGCAGGCACCCUACCCUGGCUCCAGGGUCUCCUCUGUAAUGUGAACAACACCUGCUUCCCGCAGCGCACGCCCGGCGAGGAGCCUGGUGUCCUCAGCAACUUUAACAACACCCUGGUCUCCCGGCUCCUGGCUGAUGCCCGCAUUGUCCUGGGGGGCCCCAGUGCCCACAGGAUGCUGGCCAGCCUGGGGAAGUUGAUGCCUACACUAAGGGCUGCAGGCAGAGCAGACUGGCCUCAGUCGAGUGACCGGCCACAGGAGGGACCAUCCCUGACCACUGAGCUACUGGGGACAGUCUUGCGAGGGGAGUCCCUGAGGUCAGUGCUGGGCCAAGUCCAGGAGUCAGUGGAGGCAGCAGAGGACCUGGCCCAGGAGCUCCAGGGGCUGCCCAGCAUGGCAGAGCUGCGUGCACUGUUACGGAGACUCCGAGAGACAGGUGGUCCCCUGGAGGCAGUGUCAGAAGCCCUCUGCAGUGCCAGGGGGCCUAGUGUCCCUGGGGGGCCCUCUCUCAACUGGUAUGAGGCUAGCGACCUAAAGGAGUUGGUGGGGCAGGAGCCUGUCCUACCCGACAAUGGCCUGAGCCCUGCCUGCACUGAGUUCAUGGGGGCCCUGGACAUGCACCCACUGUCCCACCUGCUCUGGAGGCGCCUGAAGCCGCUAGUCCUGGGGAAACUGCUGUUUGCACCUGACACGCCCUUCACCCGGCAGCUCAUGGCCCAGGUGAACCAGACCUUCCAAGAGCUGGCUUUGUUGAAAGAUGUCCAGGAAGUGUGGGAGGUGCUGGGACCCCAGUUCUUCAACUUCAUGAAUGACAGUGCAAAUGUAGCCAUAUUGCAGAGGCUCCUGCAAAUUCAGGAUAAAGGAAAGAGGCAACCAGGACCGGGAGGCCAGAACCAGGUGAAGGUCCUUCGAGCCUUUCUGGAUCCCCACAAGGGUGGCCACAGCUGGCAGGAGGUGUAUGCUGAUGUGGGGCACCUGGUGGGCAUGCUUGGCCGUGCAAUGGAGUGUGUGACCCUGGACAAGCUGGAGGCAGUGCCUUCAGAGGCAGCUCUGGUGGAGCGGGCUCUGGAGCUGCUUGCUGAGCACCGCUUCUGGGCCGGUGUCGUCUUCUUGGGCUCCGAGGACCCUCCGGAGCCAGAACAUCCCCCAGGCCCCGGUCACGUGCGCAUCAAGAUACGCAUGGACAUAGACAACGUCAUCAGAACCAACAAGAUCCGGGACAGGUUCUGGGACCCCGGCCCUGCCGCUGACCCCCUGACAGACAUGCACUAUGUGUGGGGAGGCUUUGUGUACCUGCAGGACAUGCUGGAGCAUGCAGCCGUGCGAAUGCUGAGCGGCAGUGCUCCCCGCGCCGGCCUCUACCUACAGCAGAUACCCUACCCGUGCUACGUGGACGAUGCGUUCCUGCGAGUGCUGAGCCGGUCCCUGCCACUCUUCCUGACGCUGGCCUGGAUCUACUCUGUGGCGCUGACGGUGAAGGCUGUGGUUCGCGAGAAGGAGACACAGCUGCGCUACAUGAUGCGUACUAUGGGGCUCAGUGGUGCUGUGCUAUGGCUGGGCUGGUUCCUCAGCUGCCUUGGGCCCUUCCUUCUCAGCACUGUGCUGCUCGUGCUGGUACUCAAGCUCGGGGACAUUCUCCCCUACAGCCAUCCAGUUGUGCUCUUCCUGUUCUUGGCUUCCUUCGCUGUGGCCACAGUGGUCCAAAGCUUCUUGCUGAGCACCUUCUUCUCCCAUGCCAAUCUGUCGGCCGCUUGUGGAGGCCUCAUCUACUUCGUGCUGUAUCUGCCCUAUGUGCUGUGCGUGGCCUGGAGAGACCAGCUACCUGCAGGCGUCCGCGUGGCCGCGAGUCUUCUGUCACCGGUGGCCUUUGGCUUCGGCUGUGAGAGCCUGGCGCUGCUAGAGGAGCAAGGCGAGGGCGUGCAGUGGCACAACAUGGGCACCAGGCCUGCGGUUGAUGUCUUCAGCCUGGCCCAGGUCUCGGGCCUUCUACUGCUGGACGCCAUGCUCUAUGGCCUCUCCACUUGGUAUCUGGAGGCCGUGUGCCCAGGCCAGUAUGGGAUCCCGGAACCAUGGGACUUUCCGUUCCGGAGGAGCUACUGGUUUGGGCCUAGACCCCCUAAGGGAACCACCCUGCCUCCAGACCGAAAGGACCCAAAGGAGCUGGUGGAAGAGGCUCCACCUGGCCUGAUUCCAGGGGUCUCCAUACGGGGCCUGGAAAAGCACUUUCCUGGCAACCCGACACCUGCCCUGCGUGGGCUCAGCCUGGAUUUCUACCAGAGCCACAUCACUGCCUUCCUGGGCCAUAACGGUGCUGGCAAGACAACCACACUGUCCAUCCUGAGUGGCCUUUAUCCACCCACUGGUGGAUCUGCCUGUGUCCUGGGCCAUGACAUCCGGUCCAGCAUGGCGUCCAUCCGGCCCCACCUGGGCAUCUGUCCCCAGUACAACAUGCUGUUUGACAUGCUGACCGUGGAUGAGCACCUCUGGUUCUAUGGCCGGUUGAAGGGCCUGAGUGCAGCUGCCAUUGGCCCAGAGCAGGACCGGCUGUUGCAGGACGUGGGGCUUGUCCCUAAGCGGCAUGCACAGACACGCCACCUCUCUGGUGGGAUGCAGCGGAAGCUUUCAGUGGCCAUUGCCUUUGUGGGUGGCUCCCAGGUCGUUAUCCUGGAUGAGCCUACAGCUGGAGUGGACCCUGCUUCCCGUCGCAAAAUUUGGGAACUGCUGCUCAAAUACCGGAAAGGUUGCACAGUGAUUCUUUCCACCCACCACCUGGAUGAGGCGGAGCUCUUAGGAGACCGUGUGGCAGUGGUGGCAGGUGGCCGCUUAUGUUGCUGUGGCUCCCCACUCUUCCUGCGUCGUCACUUGGGAUCCGGCUACUACCUGACAUUGGUAAAGGGUGCCAAGCCCCUGGCUGCCAGCACAAAGGGUGACACUGACUUGGAGGACAGCGUGGAUGCCGGGCAGGAGAGGGAGCCAGGCAGCCAGGGUACAUGGGCCGGUGUACCCCAGCUGCUGGCCAUGGUGCAGCAUCAGGUUCCUGGGGCACGGCUGGUCAAGGAUCUGCCCCACGAGCUGGUGCUGGUGUUGCCCUAUGGGGGCGCCCUAGAUGGCAGCUUCACCCAGCUCUUCCAUGAGCUGGACCAGCAUCUGGGGGAGCUGGGGCUAGCCAGCUACGGGAUCUCCGACACCAGCCUCGAGGAGAUCUUCCUGAAGGUGGUAGAAGACCGUGCUGUGGACACAGACCCAGAGUGUGCAGCCGCAGCUGGCAGCCGCAGGCAGCACCCGUGCACGGGCAUUACUCACCCAGAUGUGACUACACGGCUCAAAAUUCUGCCCAAGGAGUCAGCCCUGGAGAAUGGAGAGCCGGUCGGGUCUGCCCCAGAGACACAGGCCCAGAGACACAGGCAGGGCUCAGGGCCCAAUGCCACGGGCCGGGUAGUGGGCUGGGCGCUGACCUGCCAACAGCUCCGGGCCCUGCUACUGAAGCGCUUUCUGCUCGCCCGCCGCAGCCGCCGUGGCCUGUUUGCACAGAUUGUGCUGCCUGCACUGUUUGUGGGCCUGGCGCUGGUGUUCAGCCUCAUCGUGCCUCCUUUUGGGUACUACCCGGCUCUGCGGCUUAGUCCCAGCAUGUACGGUGCCCAGAUGUCUUUCUUCAGUGAGGAUGCCCCAGGGGACCCCGAGCAUGCCCGCCUGCUGGAGGCGCUGCUGGAAGAGGCAGGAUUGAAGGACCCCUACCUGCAGAAUAGUUCCCAGAGGGCACCUGAGUGCACACAGCCCACUGUCUGCUGGUUCUCGGUUCCUGAGCUUCCCGCCGACGUGGCCAAGAUCUUGGCCAGUGGCAACUGGACCCUGGAGUCUCCAUCCCCUGCCUGCCAGUGCAGCCGGCCUGGUGCCCGCCUCCUGCUGCCCGACUGCCCUGCUGCAGCUGGUGGCCCCCCACCACCCCAGGCGCUGACCAGCUCAGGCGAAGUUGUGCAGAAUCUGACAGGCCGGAACCUAUCCGACUUCCUGGUCAAGACCUACCCACGCCUGGUGCACCAGGGCCUGAAGACUAAGAAAUGGGUGAAUGAGGUUAGGUAUGGGGGCUUCUCCCUGGGGGGCCGAGACACAGGCCUGCCCUCAGGGCAUGAGGUGGGCCGCUCACUGGAGGAGCUGCGUGUGCUGCUGAGCCCCCAGUCUGGUGGGGCGUUUGACCGUGUCUUGAACAACCUCACAAAGUGGGCUCAUGGUCUGGACGCGCAGGACAGCCUCAAGAUCUGGUUCAACAACAAGGGCUGGCACGCCAUGGUUGCCUUUGUCAACCGAGCCAACAAUGCCCUCCUACACGCCCGCCUGCCCCCAGGCCCUGCCAGCGGUGCCUACAGCAUCACCACACUCAACCACCCUCUGAACCUCACCAAGGAGCAGCUGUCUGAGACCAUGCUGAUGGCCUCCUCUGUGGACGUGCUUGUCUCCAUCUGCGUGGUGUUUGCCAUGUCCUUCGUUCCGGCCAGCUUCACCCUUGUCCUCACCGAGGAGCGCGUCACCCGAGCCAAACACCUGCAGUUCAUGGGCGGCCUGUCCCCCACACUCUACUGGCUUGGCAACUUUCUCUGGGACAUGGUGCAGGGACUGCCCAGAGGGGUGGGGGCCCAGUCACCACUUGCCACUGCCCCUUCUGGCCCCUUUCUGGGCAGGGACUUGUCCAGGAUGGCCAGGUGUAACUACUUGGUGCCAGCAUGCAUUGUGGUGCUCAUCUUUCUGGUGUUCCAGCAGAGGGCGUACGUGGCCCCUGCCAACCUGCCCACCCUUCUACUGUUGCUGCUACUGUAUGGCUGGUCAAUCACGCCGCUCAUGUACCCAGCCUCCUUCUUCUUCUCCGUGCCCAGCACAGCCUACGUGGUGCUCACCUGCAUCAACCUCUUUAUUGGCAUUAAUGGCAGCAUGGCCACCUUUGUGCUUGAGCUCUUCUCUGAUCAGAAGCUGCAGAAGGUGAGCUGGAUCCUAAAACAGGUCUUCCUUAUCUUCCCCCACUUCUGCCUGGGUCGGGGGCUCAUCGACAUGGUGCGGAACCAGGCCAUGGCUGAUGCCUUUGAGCGCUUCGGAGACAGGCAAUUCCAGUCACCCCUGCGCUGGGAGGUGGUCGGCAAGAACCUCUUGGCCAUGGUGGUACAGGGGCCCCUCUUCCUCCUCUUCACACUCCUGCUGCAACACCGCACACACCUCCUGCCACAGUCAGUGGGGACCAGGGCAGUGUGGCAGAGGCCGGGGUCUGGCUUUGGGCCCACUGUUGUAUCUGUCCUUAGACCCAAGCUGAAGCUGCUGCCCUCCCUGGGGGAGGAGGAUGAGGAUGUGGCCCGUGAGCGGGAACGUGUGGUCCGAGGGGCCACCCAGGGAGACGUGUUGGUACUGCGGGACCUGACCAAGGUGUACCCUGGGCAGAAGACACCAGCUGUCAACCGCCUGUGUCUGGGGAUCCCCCCUGGUGAGUGUUUCGGGCUGCUGGGCGUGAAUGGAGCAGGGAAGACAUCCACAUUUCGCAUGGUGACUGGGGACUCACUGCCUAGUGGGGGUGAGACCAUACUGGCAGGCCACAGCAUGACCCAGGAACCAGUCGCUGCACACUGCCACAUGGGUUACUGCCCUCAGUCGGAUGCCAUUUUCGAGCUGCUGACUGGCCGCGAGCACCUGGAGCUGUUUGCACGCCUGCGUGGUGUCCGGGAGGCCGAGGUUGCCCAGACAGCGAGCCUGGGCCUGGCACACCUAGGGCUCCGGCAGUACGCUGACUGGCCUGCGGGCACCUACAGCGUCGGCAACAAGCGGAAGCUGGCAACAGCUGUGGCUCUGGUGGGGGACCCGCCAGUGGUCUUUCUGGAUGAGCCGACCACCGGCAUGGACCCUGGUUCACGGCGCUUCCUCUGGAACAGCUUGCAGGCCAUGGUGCAGGAGGGCCGCUCUGUGGUGCUCACAUCGCAUAGCAUGGAGGAGUGUGAGGCGCUCUGCACGCGCUUGGCCAUCAUGGUGAACGGGCGGUUCCGCUGCCUGGGGAGCCCCCAGCACCUCAAGGGCAGAUUUGGUGCUGGCCACAUGCUGACCGUGCGGGUGCCCGCAACGAACUCUCAGCCUGCAGCAGCCUUUGUGGCAGCAGUGUUCCCAGGGGCCCAGCUACGAGAAGCGCAUGGCGGCCGCCUACGCUUCCAGCUGCCCACGGGAGGGCGCUGCACCCUGGCACAUGUCUUUGGGGAACUGGCCACACAAGGGGCAGAACACGGCAUGGAGGACUUCUCAGUGAGCCAGACCACACUGGAGGAGGUAUUCCUGUACUUCUCUGAGGACCAGGGGAAGGAGGAGGAGGACGAAGACCAGCAGGAGGCAGGAGUGGGGGUGGACCCCAGGCCAGGCCUGCAGGGUCCCAAACUCAUCACCAGGUUCCUGGCCAACCCCAGCAUGGCAGAGACAGUGCUGUGAGCCCGCUCCUCUGUGGGGCUGGUGGGAGGCCCUGGGUUUGACAAAGGCAGGACAGAUGGCCCAGAGUUAGCUCCCAGUCUCCCAGAGGGCCCACUGCCCUGGAGGAAAUAAAGCCGUUGUGGGGGCAGCCGGAUGGCUCAGUUGAUUAGAGUGCGAGCUCUUAACAACAGGGUUGCCGAUUCCCUCAUGAGCCAGUGAGCUGCAUCCUCCACAACUAGAUUGAAGACAACACGGUGGCUCAGCUGGGGAGAGCAUGAGUUCUCAACAACAAGGUUGCCGGUUCAGUUCCCGCAUGGGGAAUGGGAUGGUGGGCUGCGCCCUUGCAACUAAGAUUGACAACGGUGACUGAAUUUGGAGCUCAGCUGCG